AUGAAAGGGACGAGGCUUAAAAACAGCUCUAUCGGCAGUCUGGAGGGUUUUUACCUCUUCGAACACAAACACGUGCACAAGCGGUCAAUGGACACCAGCGAUGUACAUCAUAAGAAACUCACAGACGAACCCGACGUGCAUUGGGUUCAGCAACAACAUGAAAAGAAGAGGAAAAAACGGGAUUUCCCUGGACCCAACUUACCGGCCACCGUAUUCGCUGGUUCCACCGAUUUUUAUCAGCAACAAACAUCAGGUGGGCCGUUAUCACAACUUACACAAGGACAACCAUUCAGGCGUCUUGGUAACACUGUCCAUAAUGUAUUUCCUGAUCCACUUUUCAAGGAACAAUGGUACCUGAACGGUGGUGCUCUGGACGGCUUCGACAUGAAUAUGGGUCCGGCUUGGCAAAAAGGGUAUACCGGCAAAAAUGUAGUCGUCUCAAUACUUGACGACGGUAUACAGACCAAUCAUCCCGAUUUGGCACACAAUUACGACCCCAGUGCCAGCACCGACAUAAACGACAAUGAUGAUGACCCUAUGCCUCGGGACAAUGGCGACAACAAGCACGGGACGAGGUGCGCGGGUGAAGUAGCUGCUAUCGCAUUUAACCAGUAUUGCGGUAUCGGCGUGGCAUACAACGCCAGUAUUGGAGGAGUUAGGAUGUUAGAUGGUACGGUAAACGAUGCUGUUGAAGCUCGCGCUUUGGGUUUGAACAUCAAUCAUAUAGAUAUAUACAGUGCUUCUUGGGGUCCAGAAGAUGAUGGUAAGACUGUUGACGGACCAGGACCAUUGGCAAGACGAGCAUUCAUUUACGGAGUGACUUCGGGCCGUCACGGAAAAGGAUCCAUAUUCGUUUGGGCAUCUGGUAAUGGUGGACGACAUACUGAUUCUUGCAAUUGUGACGGAUACACAAACAGCAUUUUCACACUGUCAAUAUCCAGCGCCACACAAGGAGGAUAUAAACCUUGGUACCUUGAAGAAUGUUCAUCUACGCUAGCGACCACUUAUAGUUCUGGAACUCCAGGACACGACAAAAGCGUGGCCACCGUGGACAUGGAUGCCAAAUUACGCCCCGAUCACAUUUGCACCGUAGAACAUACUGGAACAUCGGCUUCGGCUCCACUAGCUGCUGGACUUUGCGCACUGACACUCGAAGCGAACCCUGCAUUGACAUGGCGUGAUAUGCAAUACAUUGUGGUGCUCACGUCCAAAUCGGCACCCCUGGAACGAGAAGGAGGUUGGAUAUCCAACGGAGUGGGUCGUAAAGUGAGUCACAAAUUCGGGUACGGUCUGAUGGACGCGGGUGGCAUGGUGUCAUUGGCCGAACAGUGGACGACGGUGCCGCCGCAACACAUUUGCAAGUCCCAAGAGAUCGCCGAAGAAAGGCAAAUCGACCCUACCCCUGGUAGCACGAUGACCGUUACCAUGGAGGUGGGCGGAUGCGCGGGCAGCCUGAACGAGGUGCGAUUCGCCGAACACGUCCAAUGCAAGAUAUCUCUGCGGUUCUUCCCGCGCGGCAACCUGCGGAUCGACCUCACGUCGCCGCUGGGCACCACGUCCACGCUGCUGUUCGAACGGCCGCGGGACGUGGUCAGCUCCAACUUUGACGACUGGCCGUUCCUGUCCGUGCACUACUGGGGCGAGAAGGUGGACGGCACGUGGACGAUGACCGUGCACAACGGCGGCAACCGGCACGUCAACCAGCCCGGCAUACUGAAGAAGUGGCAGCUGAUAUUCUACGGCACGGCCACCAACCCGAUACGGCUGCGGUCCGCGCACUCGCAACCGUCGCCGCCGUUCGCCAUAUCGCAGCAACAGCAACAGCAAAUGCUUCUCCAGCCGUCCAAGGCCUCAACCGCCGGUUUCCCGUUCGCCCAGUUGGGCGGCAACGGAAACGGCCAAGUGUCCGGCACCCCGUCCAUAUACCACUCGAGCAUCGCCGAAAUAUUGUCGCAGGCCGGUUUCCGGAACCUGCCCGACGUGUUCGCCGCCGCCGGAAGUGACAUCGAGACGUCAGUCACGUCGCUCACCAGCACGCGCUCAAACUCGCAGACCACCCCCGCCGAAAGGCCGAUUGAUGGACAGACGAUUUUGCACGAUUGCGACCCCGAGUGCGACGCUUUUGGCUGUUACGGCAAAGGUCCCACGCAGUGCGUCGGCUGUCGAAACUUUAAGCUCGACAACACUUGUGUCAGUCGUUGUCCACCCCGAAGUUUCCCGAACAAGGGCGGCGUGUGCUGGCCAUGCCACGAGUCGUGCGAGACCUGUGCUGGAGCUGGACAAGAUAGCUGUUUGACAUGCGCUCCCGCUCACCUGAGGGUUACCGACUUGGCCGUUUGCUUGCAACAAUGCCCGGACGGAUACUUUGAAAAUACGGAAGAAGGCACUUGCGUCGCUUGCGGUCCGAACUGUGGAAGUUGCGAAGGUCGUCCCGACCAUUGUACUAGUUGCGAACAUCACCUGGUACUCCACGAUAAUCAGUGUUAUGCAAACUGUCCAGUCAACACAUACGAGACCAACGAUUACCGAUGUGGCUCGUGCGAUGCCAAAUGCGAGUCGUGUACCGGACCAAACGCCGACCAGUGUAUAACUUGCAAGUCAGGUUAUUUCGAACUCAAAGGCACUUGCCAUUCGAAAUGCCCAGACUUCUAUUAUCCGCACCACAAACGUCACGAAUGUCUGGACUGUCCCAUGGGCUGCGUCGCUUGCAAUUUGACCGAAUGUCACUCCUGCGACCAGGGUUUCACGUUGAACAAGAAAGGCCGUUGCUUAAAAACCGGCAGUCAACAGUGUCAAUCAGCAGGCCAGUUCUGGACUGGGACACAGUGUCAGUCGUGUCACGGGUCGUGUGAAACUUGCAGCGACUUCUCCAACGAAAACUGUCUGUCUUGUCGAUCGCCGACCAUGUUCCAGUCUCCUGGCUCGUGCGUGGAACAAUGUUCGCCCGGGUUCUAUCCGGACUUGCGAUUCGGCAACUAUGCUACUUGCCAACCGUGCCCUCAUCCUUGCAUCGAAUGUGUGUCGCGCACCAACUGCACCAUGUGUCACUCGCCUCUGCUGUUGCAAACCGGCCAAUGUCGUACGACGUGUGCCCCAGGAUAUUAUAGUGACGUGGGCUCGUGCGCCAAAUGUUAUCUGAGUUGUAUGACGUGCAGUGGACCCCGCAGGGACCAGUGCGUCAGUUGUCCACGCGGAUGGCAGUUGGCCGCUGGCGAAUGUCAUCCCGAGUGUCCGCAAGGUUUUUUCAUGUCGGACUUCGGUUGUCAGAAAUGCCACCAUUACUGCAAGACUUGCAAGGGCGAAGGCCCGCUGCAGUGUACGUCGUGUCCGCCUCACUUCAUGCUCGAGGACGGCCUGUGCUCAGAGUGUUCGGGGUCCCAGUACUACGACCCGCCCACGCAGCUGUGCAAGCCGUGCCACGCGUCGUGCCGCGCUUGCAAUGGACCCGGUCCGUUCAGCUGUUCGGCCUGCAUGUUCCCGCUGCACCUCGACCGGAAGAACACUCAGUGCGUGUCGUGCUGUGGACCGCGCCCGCACGACGACUGCUGCAGCUGCAACUCGGACACCGGCGAGUGUCACAACUUGACGCCUGCCGAAAAGCGUCGGACAUCGGUGGACAACGAACUGGACAACUUGGCCGCGGCAGAGUCCGUCCGUCGCGAUCCGAUCGUUCAGCCACUCGGCAUUAAGGCCGACGCCACUCUGUUCGGUUACUUGGCAUUGGCCAUGUUCGCUUCCGGCUUGGUCGUAUUGUCCGUAGUAAUGGUGAAACGAAAGCAGAGAAAACACUCGGGUUACGUCAAGUUGUUGCGGCCACAGGGUGACAUGCACUUGGAAGACAACGACAGCAGCACUGCACUGUUCGCCGAAACGUGA